AUGACCUCUUUCGAGCCUGUAGUAUUGAAAAAAAUGGAGUUCAAGCGAUACAAAGAAAUUCUAUCGUCCAAGAAGUUAUUUUCUACCACCUACGUAUUACCGAUAAGCUCUAUUUUUGGGUCAUCGAACUGCGUGUUGGAGAUUAAUAUACCUCGUUCCUACCCUAAGAAUUAUGUGGACUUGAAGCUUGUUAAUCCCAUACCACAUCCGUGGGCUGGUGAAGACGGUGUUAUAAAAUGCCCGAGCUGGCUGUUGCAGCUACCGUUGGUAGAAAUUGUCGAAACGGUGCUUUAUCAGUUUCAAGAUUUCGAAUUAAGGAAUGAUUCUGGAUUGUCGAGUCACCGUAAUGCGGAUUCACCUGGUCAUAACGGUAGUGCAACUCCCACUGAGUGGUCUCCCAAUAGUGGUUCCAGUCUGGCUGCUAAUGUGGAUUCCGAUGUGUUAGCUUCUGAUGAGCGGAACACUCGACCGACGUGUGCGGUCCCGAAGUAUAUCCAACUCAUUGAUGAGAAGGUGAUUAAGGUUUGCAAUAGUUGGCCAACUAGCCCAUUGGUUCCACUAAAGUCUGCAAAUAAAGAAGAGGUUAUGAACAUGUUAGCAAAUGAAGACCUUCGUUGGAGUUUGUUGCAUCGCUUACCUGAAGUAUCUCCGUUGAUCACAGAUCUUCGAAGGACCGUCUUAGACAAUGAGUCCAAGUCGCUUGCUAUUAUCGCCACUCUUAACAAGCAGCAGGAACUACUGAAGUUUAUUGAUAAUAAGCGUAGGGGUAUGCGUCCCGCUGAUGCCAACGCAGAGGCGGUCGAUAGGAUUGUGAAAAAGCAUCGUGAGUCAUAUCGAUGUUAUGCUAAUACAUUAAUUCAAGAGUUACGCGAAGAGAUUCACGAGAAAAUUCGUGCUAUACGUGAAGGUCAAGAGUGUUUUGAAGAGUGUUACGACGCCCUCGCUGAUUUAUAUCAUCAACGUAGCGAGCUAGAGGCCAUUCAGAUAGCACUUUUCGGUCUGCGGAAGUUUAACCAAAGGAAAUACGACCGUUUGGCCUUCUUCCGUAUAAAGUUUUACAGCAAUUUCAGCUUGUAUGCAGGGAUAUAUAGGCGUCACAGUGUGUUUUCUUACAUUACUGCGCUGUUGUUCCCUAUAUUUGUCGCGAGUGUGACGUACGGCAAAUACUCACCCUUGGCGGAAUCACUGCUGAUAGGAUCAGUUCUUUGCUGUAUAACAAGUAUAUUUGCUUUCGAUUCUAAAGCAUUGCUUUGUUGUGCUGCUAUUGGCUUUUACUUGGCAGAACGGCUUUUUGGCGAGGUUCUAGGAAAACAGGUGAUCAUUUUUGCACUGCUACAGGGGUUAUACCAUGAUAUAUUACGUGAAGAUUUGACCCGGGCACUUGAUAUUGGUGAUGCCGUAACUGUGUCCCAGUUGGCAGUAACCGUUGCGCACGUUGUCAUUAAAAGAUACUCAUUCACUUACAACACCGCCCUGCGUCCAAUAGUGGAGCUUUGCGUCUGUUUGGGCUUCGUUUGCGUGUUAUUUAUCGCCAUAAUGCUGGGUGAGGAAAUUUCUCAUUGGUAUGCUCCAGGUUGCAUUAAAAGAAAAUUAACCGACGCUGUGCGUCUACUCCUCAUGGGAGAUGCCCUAUACCGAUAUGGAUACUGGGCAACUCACGAAGUGAAGUACCAGGUGGGAGUGACUCCGCUCGGCGCUCUAAUGAACGUAAUAACGGCGAAGAAUGCGCUGAUUACUAUCGCUACAUGGGUGAUCCAUUCCACUAUGGGUCUAUUGAUAUUGUACUACCGAUCACCCGCUUUUAACAAGGACGGGAAGGACUACCACCCCAAGGACCCUGUAAUUACGAUUCUGAGGAAAGGUAUACACGUGGUACUGUUUGCCAAUGCGUUAACUGCCAUCUAUCUUGGCCAGCAUCUACUACUGGCUGUGUCUCUGUACCUCACAUUCAUCGCUACAAUGACAGUUGAGAUGUUGCGUUACUAUGGGUACAUCCCCCGACGUUUGAGCAUGUCGAUCAACAAUGUAUACAAGGCUUUUGGCGAGUCAUCUAAGCUUAGGAUACUUGUGCUUCCCCAUGCAUGGGUAGUUCUCGGCGUUGGCUUGCCUUUGUGGACCGAGAUGACACAGAACCCGCAUAUUGACGUUACGAAGGCCUAUAUAGGGUUGAUCGUGGUUGCUCUUUCUGACGCUACGGCUGCUUUUAUUGGCAGUCAAAAACCAAAGCUUCCGUGCCACGACAAAUCUCUAGCUGGUAGCGCUGCAUUUUUCGCCUCUACGUUCUCAGGUCUCAUAUUUAGUAUGACCAUUCAGGUUGGUGAGGAUAUCGGAUGGGCGCGCGUUAUAGCUGCCAUCGCUGUUGCUCUCUCUACUACCUUGAUUGAGGCUGGUUGUCCCGGAAUUGACAAUGUAAGCAUCGCAUUGAUUGCUUAUUCCGUUUACACCGUUGCUGAGAGGCUAUUCGGCGUUAUUAACGGUGGUAUUAAUAACAGCGGUUGCAUCGCCGGGUUACACCGGUAUCAGUCGUGUGUAAAGAUGGACUUCACGGAACUGGAGUCUGCCACCGGUUUACGGUUUAGCUGGAAUGUAUGGCCAUGUUCUAGUGAGGAGGCUGCUAAGGCUGAGGUGCCUAUUGGUUGUCUUUUCACGCCUCUGAAGCCUGAGAACCCCGAGAGUCAGACUAAAAUACCUCUUGUGGAAUAUGCACCAGUUCGAUGUCGUAGCAGUGGUGUCUUCUUGAACCCAUAUUGCCAUAUUGAUUUUCGAGCUAAAACAUGGACAUGUCCAAUCACGUUGCAGCGGAACCCGCUGCCACCGUCAUAUGCGGAGCAUAUAUCGCCGGAUAACCUACCUUCAGAAUUGGUGAACCUUACCAUGGAGUAUAUCAUUCCUACAUCUGUUUCUGGCGGCAUUUUCCCACCUACGUUCAUUUUCCUGGUCGAUACUUGUGUAAGUGAGGAGGAGCUGGAGCAGUUGAAGGAUUCACUUCAACAGAUUCUUAGUAUGCUCCCUCAGGAUGUUCAAGUUGGUCUCAUAAGUUUUGGAUCUGUAGUUAAACUUCAUGAUUUGAGGGAAUCUGAUAUCCCCAGGUGUUACGUUCUUAGGGGUACCCAUCAUCAUGAUGCUGAAUAUCUGAAAAGGGUGAUAAACUUGGAGCAACAGCAGCAGAGGUUUGUACAACCCCUAUCUCAAUGCGAGUUUACGCUAAACACUUUUAUUGAGCAACUAACUCCUGACGUAUGGCCUGUUGCGCAAAACUGUCGUCCUAACCGUUGCACAGGUUCAGCUCUUAGUGCCGCAGUUGCACUUAUGGAGGUCUUAUGUCCCAACAGGGGUGCUCGUGCUAUGUUAUUCACCGGUGGAGCUUGCACUUUCGGUCCCGGAAAGGUGGUAGACAGUUCACUUGCUGAAUCCAUCAGGCAUCAUUUGGACCUUCAAAAGGAACAUCACAACGCUCGUUUUGUAAAGGAUGCUCUAUCAUUUUACUCUACGAUUGCCAACCGUUGUGCUAGUAACUGCCAUGCUAUUGAUAUUUUUGCUUGUGCGCUUGACCAAUCUGGUCUUUAUGAGAUGAAGGUCUGCUGUGACAAGACUGGUGGUUACAUGGUUAUGAGCGAUUCAUUUUCUAUGAACGUGUUCAAAGAUUCACUGAAGAAUGUAUUUAGCCUUGAUUCCAAUGGCCAUUUGAAGCAUGGUUAUUGUGCGAAGGUUGAGGUCUUUUGCACUAAAGAGCUGCGUGUGAGCGGUGUAAUGGGUGGUUGCAGCAGUAACAACAAGAAGGGUCCUAAUGUUUCGGACAACGUUAUCGGUGAGGGUCGCACUACUGAGUGGAAGGUAGGUGCAUUGGACCCUAAAUCUACGCUUGCAUUUUAUUUCGAUGUUGUUGACGGUUCAAGUUCCGCGGCAUCUGUGAUAACAAAUGCUAUAACGUCGCUUGGUGGUAAUUCUGCCAGCCGUAAUAAGAACAAGCCGCCUGAGAAUGCUGGGAAGACCGCUUUUGUACAAUUCCAGACGGUUUACAUCCACUCAAGUGGUCAGAAGCGUCUGAGGGUGACAUCAUUCAGCUGCAAGUAUGCGCAACCUAACAUUGCUGACCUUGCUCGUGGUUUUGAUCAAGAGGCAGCUGCGGUACUUAUGGCUCGUUAUGCAUUUUACAAGGGCGAGACUGAGGAUCCGUUAUCGGUACUGCGUUGGUUAGACAAGAGUCUGAUUAACCUGAUAUCUAAAUUUGCGGAUUAUCAGAAGAACGACGCUCAUUCAUUUAGAUUGGCGAGCGAGUUUUCGAUUUACCCUCAGUUUAUGUACCAUUUGCGUAGGUCUCACUUUUUGCAGACGUUCAAUGCGAGCCCUGAUGAGACUGCUUUUUACCGUACGGUGUUCAUGCGUGAGAAUGUCAUCAACAGUCUUAUUAUGAUUCAGCCUGCCUUACUGGAGUAUUCAUUUGAGAACCCUACCCCUCAUCCCGUUUUGCUUGACGCAUGUUCAUUGAAGCAGAAUGUCAUAUUGAUGUUGGACUCUUUUUUCCAUGUCAUCAUUUGGUAUGGUGAGAUGAUCCAUCAGUGGCGUGAGCAGGGUUUCCAGGAUAAGCCUGACUAUGCUCAUUUCAAGGAGCUUUUACAGGCUCCUGCGAGUGACGCGAAUCACAUUUUAAGUGAGCGUUUCCCUACUCCUAAGUUUAUUCUGUGCAACCAAGGCGGUAGUCAAGCUCGGUUCCUGCUUGCUAAAGUGAACCCUUCUCAGACGCACAAGUCUGGUUUCAGUGACUAUUCAGAGGAUGCUCAGGUGGUGAACACUGACGACGUUUCUCUGAAGACGUUUAUGGAGCACUUAGUUAUGCUGGUAGUUCAGUCCUUGAUAUGGACAGAUAUUAAACACUUUGAUUAUACGUACCUAAAAAUGGCUGGUUGCACUACGGCUGGCCCAGACUUGCGUCGUUACAUGGAGAAGCGUUUAGAUGUGCAUCUUAACGGAUCUAGGCACGUGGUUGGAGUGUUACGUGGCUACGACACUUUUAUGAACAUCGUUUUGGACAACGCGUUACAAAUAGAAGGUGAGGAGCAGAUAAAAUUAGGAAUGGUGGUUAUCCGUGGGAACUCUAUAGUAUUCUGGGAAUGUCUGGACAAGGUCCACACGCGAUAG